AAGCGUGCGAGCUCGUGACCUAACGAACCUCAACGCCAGGUGACAUUAUCAUUGCUCACGGCGAGAACGUUGGCCUCCUCGUCUCGUCUCCCUUUGAGUUUAUCGAGGCCUUUUUUACUACUUACUGUCUUCUUCUUCAAAGCCGCCGUCGCCUGAUUCCACCAUCAUCGAGGGCGACGGAGCAGCUAGGGUUUAUCAAUCGACCGUGAACCGUUUCGGUGAUACUAUUCGUCGAUCUUCCGAUUUGUGUUUGUUUGCUGAGCUUCUUUUCUACACUAGAAGAUGGGAAGCAGUCCAGCUCCGUUUCCGGAUAUUGGCAGGAAAGCCAAAGAUCUCCUGAACAAGGAUUACAUUUUCGACCAGAAGUUUACUCUGACAAUGCUGAGUGCCACUGGAACGGAAUUCGUGGCGACAGGUUUGCAGAAGGAUGAUUUAUUUUUUGGCGACAUAAGCACACUAUAUAAAGGUCAAAACACCAUUGUUGAUCUGAAAAUCGACAGCCACUCAAGUGUGUCGACAAAAGUAACUGUCAAAAAUCUCAUGCCAUCUGCUAAAGUUGUUAUCAGCUUCAAAAUACCUGAUCACAAGUCUGGCAAGCUGGAUGUGCAAUACGUUCAUCCCCAUGCGACGCUCAAUUCCAGCAUUGGCCUCAACCCAACUCCUCUGCUUGAUCUGUCAGCAACUAUCGGAAGCCAGACUGUUUCCCUUGGUGGUGAAGUUGGUUUCGACACAGCUUCCUCGUCACUAACCAAGUACAACGCCGGAAUUAGUUUCAACAAGCCAGACUUCUCUGCUGCGCUCAUGCUGGAGGAUAAAGGGGAGAGUCUAAGAGCUACUUACGUCCACACGGUGAAUCCAACCACAUCCGUUGGUGCAGAACUGAUCCGUCGCUUUUCCAAUCAUGCCAACAGUUUCACCAUCGGAAGCUCUUACUCCGUGGAUCCUUUUACAACGGUGAAGACAAGACUCUCUAACAAUGGGAAAGCAGGGAUGGUGGUACAAAGGGAAUGGAGACCCAAGUCUCUCAUAACUCUCUCAGCUGAAUAUGACUCGAAGGCUGUGAACUCUUCACCGAGGGUUGGUCUCGCUCUCGCCCUCAAACCAUAAAAGAAGCAAGUGUUCUCUCAACUUGGAAUACAAUUUUUUCACCAUGCCCAAAGAAAUGUAUUUUGGGUUAUUAAAUCACUUUUGCACUAAUCUUUUGCUUUAUUUAUUUUCAUGGUGUGAUAUGAAAGAAAAGGGAGUGAGAAAACCCCAUUUUUGGAAAAGAAAGUUGUUUUUGUUUCUUUAGAC